AUGUCAGUCUCCUCAAUUAAAAUAAUCUCCUUGUUCAACUCGGUAAAAUUAAUUGAUAUGGAUACAUUUCAACUUUUAAUUGCAAGAAAUGCUCCAGCAUCGAAAUAUUUUAUCCAACUACUGUUUAAGUGUUUUCUAAAACAUAAUCAAUAUUACUUUGACGUUGAUAGAAAUAAUUGUGCUUUUCAAAAAGUUAUUUUACUCCGUACAAGUAAUUUACCUAUGUUAGUUUAUAAAUUAAUUGAAGGAUUAGCUAAUGCUAACGAAGAUUUAUCUUCAAAAGGGAACAAUUUGGAGUUAUUUCAUUUCCUUUCUGUUAAUCUUCACGUAAUAAAUCAAGUUCCCAGGAUGCUCACAAAGAUCGAAAAUUCAAUAUAUAAUCCUGUCAAAUCCCCUCCUAGAUCAAAGUCACUUCAAUUAAUACCGAUUCCUAAAUAUCUUUCGUUCAAGGGUGACUAUAAGAAGCAGUUGCGUCAAAGGAAUUCCUUAAGGAUAAUGUCUUCUAACAGACCUUUAAAAUUCCUUACUCACUUCACUAAUAAUGUGGAAACAUAUGGAUCACGAAAGAUUAAACAAAGAAGGCGAAAUCGAUAUGUAAGACAACGAAAUACAAGUAUCUAUAAUUUGAGGUUAAUAAAUCUUCCUCAACAAUCUGUAAAUGAUCCAUUUAUUAAUAUGUUAUUCAAUGGGAUUCCGUUUUAA